AUGGCCAACUCUCAUGAGAGGAUGCUUAUUGACCAACUCUCUUUGGUAAUCUUAAUGGUGGGAGUGUAUGUGAUGUUAGGGUCUGUAAUUACAACAACAGUAGCACAAGCCUUGCCUCAAGCCCUGCCUGGCUGCCCAGACAAGUGUGGCAAUCUUACAAUCCCAUACCCUUUUGGCAUUGGUGCUAAUUGUCACAGGGCAGGCUUUCCCAUCAUUUGCAACACAUCCACCGAAACCCCAACAGCACUCUGGGGCAACAUCAUUGUCACUGCCUUUUCCCUUGAUGAGGCUGAGAUGCAGGUACUGCAGUACAUAGCCCGAGAUUGUUACGACAAGCAGGGUAACAACACGUAUAACAACGACCCUUGGCUCAGUCUGCCGCCUCCUUUCACCAUCUCCGAUACCAAAAACAAGUUCAUUGCUGUUGGUUGUGAUACGUACGCACUUUUCAAAGGUUUUCGUGGUGAAGAAAGGUACAUAACGGGGUGCAUAUCCUCUUGUGACAGCCUAGGCAGCGUUGACCAGGACUCUUGCUCCGGCGUUGGCUGCUGCCAAACGAACAUCCCCAGUGGGAUGAAAAAUCGCACCGUGGAAUUGACAAGCUACAACAACCAUUUGGAUAUAUGGGGCUUUAACCCCUGCAGCUACGCCUUCAUUGUUGAAGAAGGCGAGUUCAAAUUCUCCAAUAAAACUUUUCAACAACUUGAUAGCUUGGAAAAUGUUCCAAUGAUUUUGAAUUGGGCAAUUGGGGUUGAGGAAGACCCAUGUGAUGAAGCCCAAAAGAGGCAGGACUAUGUAUGCAAGGGAAAUAGCACGUGUGUCAACCCCAUCAAUCGGUCUGGUUACAUUUGCAAGUGCAAGGAAGGUUACGAGGGCAACCCUUACCACCCAAAUGGUUGCCAAGAUAUUGAUGAAUGCAGCUUGCCAAAUAUUAAUCCCUGCACUAAUGGAACGUGCUCCAAUUUACCUGGAAGUCAUAAUGGAACGUGCUCCAAUUUACCCGGAAGUCACACUUGUUUAUGCCCCGCAGGGUACACAAUCGACAGCGUGAAUGGAACUAGUUGCUUAAAAAACACUCCUCCAUCAAAUAAUAAUUCCCUGAAAAUUUCAGUAG